AUGCACCCGCUCGGCGGCUCCCUCCGGCUCGGCGGCCUCCUGGGGCUGGCAGUGGCCUCGCAGGGGUCGCGCCUCCAUCACCGGUUCGGCGGCGGCGGCAACCAGACGGACCGGCUGACCGAGUGCCUGACCGAGGCCGGGGUGCCGGUCGACAUGGCGGGGACGGCGGAGUACGCGAUCGACGUCUCGUCCUUCAACCUGCGGCUCAACUACACCCCCGCGGCGGUGGCGGCGGCCGGCACGGCCGACCACGUGCGGGACGCCGUCGCCUGCGCGGCGCGGCUCGGCGUCAAGGCGACGGCCAAGUGCGGCGGCCACAGCUACGCCUCCUUCGGCCUCGGCGGCGAGGACGGCCACCUCGUCAUCGAGAUGAGCCGCAUGAACCGGGUCGUUCUCGACGACGAAACCGGCAUCGCCACCGUCGAGGGCGGCGCCCGCCUCGGCCACCUCGCCGUCGAGCUCUGGGACCAGGGCAAGAGGGCCAUCAGCCACGGCACGUGCCCCGGCGUCGGAGUCGGCGGACACGUCCUGCACGGCGGCUACGGGAUGAGCUCCCACACGCACGGCCUCGCGCUCGACUGGAUGGUGGGCGCGACCGUGGUGCUGGCCAACGCGAGCGUGGUCGAGUGCUCCGAGACGGAGAACCCGGACCUCUUCUGGGCCCUGCGCGGCGCCGGGUCCUCGAUGGGCGUCGUGACCGAGUUCCGCUUCAAGACGUUCGAGCCGCCCGAGAACCUGACCUACUUCGUCGCCACCGCGCAGUGGCCGACCGAGGACCGCGCCCUGGCCGGCCUCGCCGCCGUCCAGGAGUACGCCAAGACGAUGCCGGCCGAGCUCAACAUGCGCCUCUACAUCGCCAACCGCUUCGUCAACCUCGAGGGCCUCUACUACGGCGACGACGCCGCCCUCCACCACACCCUCGCCCCGCUCCUCGACCAGGCCAACGCGACCCUCGCCCUGGCCCAGACCGGCGGCUGGCUCGACCAGCUCAAGCACUUUGGCGGCUCCAACCUCGACCAGGGGCACGGCCACGAGGAGCACGAGACCUUCCACUCGACGAGCCUCUACACGGGCCCACUGGACGAGGACCGGCUGCGCGCGUUCGUGGGGUACUGGUUCGGGCCGGCCAAGAACAACACGCGUAGCUGGCACGUGCAGAUCGACCUACACGGCGGGGAGAACUCGGCCGUGUCGGUGGCCCCCCGGUCGACGGCGUACGCGCACCGCGACUCGCUCCUCAUGUUCCUGCUCUACGACCGCGCCGACCGCGGCGAGUUCCCCGCCGACGGCGCCGCCCUCAUGGACAACUUCGCCGCCGCCGUCACCGCCGGCUUCGACCCCGACGACUGGGGCAUGUACGUCAACUACCCCAACCCGUCCCUCUCCCAGGACGACGCCAAGGCCAGGUACUGGGGCCCCAACCUCGCUCGCCUGCGGGCCAUCAAGAAGGACGUCGACCCGGACGACCUGUUCCACUACCCGCAGGGCAUCUUGCCGGCGUAG